UGUACACAGGCACUUACAUGACAUUGUACAAGCAUGCGUUAGGUAUUUGUUUUUAUCAAAAUACAAACUUUGAUCCUUUGUUAUCAAACUAUAGUUUAUCUUUUUUUAAAGAUGAUAAACAGAGAUUGAUAGUAAACCAUGGAGUGUGUUGGCCGGCUGUGUUUGCUUACAGCCGUCUUUCUAGUGUUUUCAGAAAGCGUAAAGACUAUAACGGGAUUCACUACAGAUUCCUACUCGACAUCAGAGUCUACAACUGACCAUGUUUUACCAGUCGCGCAAGUUCCGCCAGGUUCAGUACCACUUACUGCAGGAAGUGGAGUCAUCACUUCCCCCGGGUACCCAUCACCCUAUCCGAACCGCUGGCAUUCCAGCUCAUUUACAUCUCCCAAAUAUCUGUCUUCGAUAAAUGUUCCCGAGGGUGUACUGUAUGUGGAAUUCCGUUUCGUAGAUUUUCACAUCGAAGCAUGCGGAGGAGGAAAGUCAGCGUGCCACUGUGAUGGAUUAAUCAUUGAACAUCUUGGAAGACGACUCUGUGAUAACAACCCACCCGGGCCGGGUGGAAUCAUCAGAUUUGUGUUGCCACAUGAAUUUCGAGGUUACUACAAUAUUCAGUUCGACUUCUACUCAGACUAUAGUGUAGCUGAAAGUGGCUUUUAUAUGGAAUAUCGCUUCAUUUAUGGCUAUCCACAUAAACCACCAUCAUUUCAACACAAACCACAAUCGUCUUAUACACCAUGGUGGUAUUCAACAUACCCAUCAACUACUGAUGGCAGCACACCUUGGUGGUAUCAGAGAACAAGAUAUCCGUCAACUACUGACAGCAGCACACCUUGGUGGUAUCAGAGAACAAGAUACCCGCCAACUACUGACAGCAGCACACCUUGGUGGUAUCAGAGAACAAGAUACCCGCCAACCACUGACAGCAGCACACCUUGGUGGUAUCAGAGAACAAGAUACCCGCCAACUACUGCCUACAACACACCUUGGUGGUAUCAGAGAACAAGAUACCCGCCAACCACUGACAGCAGCACACCUUGGUGGUAUCAGAGAACAAGAUACCCGCCAACUACUGACAGCAGCACACCUUGGUGGUAUCAGAGAACAAGAUAUCCGCCAACUACUGACAGCAGCACGCCUUGGUGGUAUCAGAGAACAAGAUACCCAUCAACUACUGACAGCAGCACACGUUGGUGGUAUCAGAGAACAAGUGCAGGCACUACACCUUGGAGGUAUUGGAAAACAACAUAUCCAUCAACUACUGCCUACAACACACCUUGGUGGUAUCAGAGAACAAGAUAUCCGUCAACUACUGACAGCAGCACACCUUGGUGGUAUCAGAGAACAAGAUACCCGCCAACUACUGACAGCAGCACACCUUGGUGGUAUCAGAGAACAAGAUAUCCGCCAACUACUGACAGCAGCACGCCUUGGUGGUAUCAGAGAACAAGAUACCCAUCAACUACUGACAGCAGCACGCGUUGGUGGUAUCAGAGAACAAGUGCAGGCACUACACCUUGGAGGUAUUGGAAAACAACAUAUCCAUCAACUACUGCCUACAACACACCUUGGUGGUAUCAGAGAACAAGAUAUCCGCCAACUACUGACAGCAGCACACCUUGGUGGUAUCAGAGAACAAGAUAUCCAUCAACUACUGACAGCAGCACGCCUUGGUGGUAUCAGAGAACAAGAUAUCCGUCAACUACUGACAGCAGCAUGCCUUGGUGGUAUCAGAGAACAAGAUACCCAUCAACUACUGACAGCAGCACACCUUGGUGGUAUCAGAGAACAAGAUACCCAUCAACUACUGACAGCAGCACGCCUUGGUGGUAUCAGAGAACAAGAUAUCCAUCAACUACUGACAGCAGCAUGCCUUGGUGGUAUCAGAGAACAAGUGCAGGCACUACACCUUGGAGGUUUUGGAAAACAACAUAUCCAUCAACUGCUGCCUACAACACACCUUGGUGGUAUCAGAGAACAAGAUAUCCAUCAACUGCUGCCUACAACACACCUUGGUGGUAUCAGAGAACAACAUAUCCAUCAACUGCUGCCUACAACACACCUUGGUGGCAUCAUACAAAAUAUCCACAUGGCAUGGCUAGCACCACCCCAAGUUGGUAUCACAACACAAAAUAUCAACGCCGGACUACUCCAGCAGCAAAGAUGAUACCGACUAUGAAACUAAAAUGCAACAGUCUUUCAUGUCCAAACUGUUUGGCUGGACAUUAUUACAGCCUAGAUUCCAAUGGCUGCCAUGUCUGUCGCUGUAAAACUGGUAUAUCCAGUCCUACUAAACCAGGACCUGUGUCUAACAUAUUGUAUCAGAUAUUGCUGCACAUGAAUCACGAAGUGGACACCCUUCAGAAUAAUGUGCAUGACUUCCGAGAAGAAACCCGCUUACUUAUCGACCAACUACUGCAUACACAACUUGCUCGUCAAAGCAGACGAGAUGCAGCUAGCAACAACAAGAAACCCUCAUCAUGAAAAUUCAAGUGGACAUUUAAGAAGAUAAAAUGAAAUAGCUAUUAUAGUUCAAUUAUUGUACAAACUACAGGACAAAGACGAAACCUAUAGCCUUCAUUGUAUUUUAUUUUAAUAAAGCAAUACCAAUUUA